CAAUAGUUCAGUUUUUUUGAAAUUACAUCUUCAUUUUUGGUAUAAAAAGCUAUGGGGAUAAACAAAAAUCAUCAGUCUUUGUCUUCAAUUUAAUAGUUUUUAAAAGAGUUUAAUUAAAUUUUUAUAAGUACAAUGUUUGCAGCUGCUACUUUUUUUGUUGUCUUCAUCAAUUUUUGUUUAGCUGCUCCUUCACCUGCCUCUUUCCAACAAUACGCACCGUCAUCAAUUAAGCCCCCAGUUGCAUUUCUUCAAAACGAUCGCGUAACAGACAAUUCUGGUCAAUAUUCUUUGUUAUAUAGAUCCGAAGAUGGUAUUACUAAUUCCCAACAAGGCGCUCUAGCGGCAAACGACAAAGAAAACGACUACGUAAUGGAACAAAAAGGAUCAUACUCAUAUAAAUCGCCUGAAGGAAUUGAAGUUAAAAUGAACUACAGUGCAGGUAAAGAUGGAUUCAAAGUAUGGGGAUAUCCAUUGCCUGAUAUCAAAUAAUUGUAGAUACUACUUAGAAAACGCCGUAACAUUUUAUUUACCAAAAUUUAUUUCUUAGUAAUUAUUGAAGUUAUUUUUAAAAAAUGUUUGCAUAUUAUUAAUAAUUAUACAACUAAAUUUAUUUAA